UCCGGAAAAUUUUUCCAGGCCUCAUGUUAGUGUUUUGAAAGCUGUAUUGCCAUCCUUUCUUCGUUUCUUAUACACAGAAUUAGUUCUAUCAACAAAAUGGUCACUUCUCGGCUUCCGAUGUUGCAAUGACACUUCACCUCUGAACCACGGUAGCCGAACGGGACUGCCCAAUCCCCAAACGUACAAGAAACAACUUAUGUAGAAAACAUAUAUUGCGAACGCGGCUAGUCGGCCCUUUGUAAAGGCCUAGCAUAGCAGCAUGUCGCGUGUCCCCAUGGAUGUGGAGCACGACUGAGGAUGCGGGGUUGGAGUAGACAGACUGAGCUGCGAGAAAGCACUUACUGUGACCACGAAUGGGGUGGGGAUGCUGAGCACAGAAACAAGAAGGCGUGGGAAUUGGUACCAGGGGCUAUGGUCGAGGGCCCAGUGCCACAGGGGGAAGAAGAGGCAGGAGCAGGGACCUGGAACGUGGUGGCGCCGUUGUCUCGGUUGGUGAAAACAGAACUGCGGUGGUAUGGCGCAAAUGGAAGGGCCGUGGUGCUUCCUAGGCGCCAAAUACAUAACAUCAGUCAAGCUGGGGCCAAGAACAUGGUUACCUUAGCCGUCCAUAGUGCAACGCUGUGACAUUAACUUCCCAGGGGGUUUGGGGUUUUUCGACUGCAUUUAAUAGAGCUUGCGCAGAGGAACCUAGACGCUUUUUUCCCCGGCGUUUUGGCAUAGUUUACAGGUUGUACGACACGCUUGGCGGUGGGUGGGUGGCUCCGAGGCCUUCUCUUUGGAAAUUUCGGGUUGGGGUUUAUAAGAAAAUUUCUUACCCCCCCCCUGUCUCCUUUGCUAUUUAGACCUAGUUUCUUAUUCCAAAUGCGUCUAUUUUGCUUCGGGAAGUCUAAGCUCUCCAUCCUCCUUUUGUGUUGGCUUAACUAAUUUGGGCUGUGCAAAUGGUUCGGCAACUGUGCUACAAACCGUAUUGCAGCCUCUGUAACGUAACGAGCUAUGGAAGCUGUUACGGGCCUUACUAGCAACCCUCGGAAACUGGCAUCUGCGAGCCUCUGCCGGCAGGAGGCUCCAAACAUCUGCCAUGCAACAUCACAUCAUCAUUAUCAUCAUCAACAACAACAUUGCGUGAUUAGAAGACCUCUCCUGCACGCAGUAAGCCUCUGCUAUACAAACCGAGCCGUUGAGUGGUACCACCCCCUUAUCGUUUGCUUUGCUCAUGGAAGUCUGUUACUUCCUUACUCACGCACCUUGCAUCACCCCACGUCGCUUCCUUUCCCCUCGGCAUCCUCAAGCCUGCGGCGCGAAGCCUGCCUGUGGCUCCGAAGCCGUCGUCAGACCCUCCAGAGUCUCAGUCGGGCACCGCGCAUGAGGCGCGAAGCCAGCAGCCCGCGGCUCAAAUUGGCGGCAGCUCGAAGCCUUCAGAUUCUCAAUCGGCUGAAUCGAUCUCCGAGGGCUAUAUUCCAGGCCGUGAUGCUUGGGGCUAUGAGCCUGUGGAGACUCGUUGGAGGUUUCCCCUUUUAGAUAGCGAGGCUGGAAAGUAUAUCACAUUGAGGGAACUGGAGCUUGCUUUGCGCAACGCCGGCUUUACCAAGUCAGAGGUAGCCUUGGCAGUGGAGGGCCACCUGAGCCCCGAACGGCUGUCGGAGGUAAUAAUGGAGGAAAAGCAGUUCGAUUGGGGCAUGCAGGAAAGCGUACGGCAGGUCGGACUGGAAACACGGAAGUUGGGGAAGGAGGUGAAGGAGCAGCUGACACAGAUGCAGGAGGAGCAGCAAAAGGCGAUGGAGGAGCAGCGGAAGGCUAUAGAGGAGCAGCAGAAGGCUAUAGAGGAGCAGCAGGAGGCAAUUGCUAACCAGCUGGCGCACAUGUCCGAACUUCAGGCGGCUGUGGCGGACCUUAGGCGGCUGGCCGCCUUGGGGUUGCGGCGAGGUACACGGCGUGUUAAGCUGGCCAAGCGGGCAGCAGGAGGUGGGGGCGUGGAGGGCGUCGAUGGCACCUAAAGGGGUCAGCAGCUCAGCAUGCCCCUGCUGUACAGCUGGAUGCGUGCUGCCAUGCUGCCAUGAGUGCCCCGGUGUAGUAAUGGUCAAGGUCACCGCACUGGUUGCUGUGGUGUUCGGGGUAGGCGGUUACCAGGCUGUACCAAGGGUAGAUUGGUUUGAUGCUUUGCCUUUGCGUAAGAACAAGUCCGGGGUCGAACUGCUUGUUGGGGAACCCGUUCAUUUAGUGAUGGUGUCAGGGAAUUGUAGUAGGCACCCUUGACAGCGAGUGCAGUUUAGUCCCUUCGGAGUUAUCCCCCGGCGGCGUUUGGUCCGCGGGCGUGUUUGACGGCUAGCCGGGCAGGGCCUUGGCUAAUAACUAGGGGUGGGGAGAUGCCGGAGGGUUUUUAACGCAUAGUGUCUUCUCUGGCAUUCUCGUCCCAGUUGCAGGCAUAGCGUCGGAGUAACUGUAACCGGGUCGCUGCUGGUGUUUGGGCAUUUCGCUUUCGUGCCCUGAGAGGUAGUGGGUUACCGUAUUGCCCAAAAUUUAAUUGACAAAAAUAAAAUGUUUUGGGUUUUGUCAAAUGGGGCAAAAAUGUUUUUUUGCCAUUUCAAAUGGGGCUGGAAAUUCGCUGGCAAGGUGUCAAAUGGGGGCAAAAUAAUUCGCCUGGGGUGACUGCAGGGUAACUAAGAUGGGAGCGGAGAGGUAGGGGGCAACUGACUUGCCAGUGCGCUGCGUCCUCACCGCGCCAUGCCCAGUAGGGGUUUCCAAGUGGUGUUCCACUUAUCCUCCUAACAGCUCCUUUCCUUACCAUGUUACAUCCAACACGUUCGGUGGCUUUGGGGGCGUUUGGCGCAUGUCAAAUGGGGCUAGAAAUUCGCCAUCAGGAAGUCAAAUGGGGCAUAAAUUAUUCCCGCUUUGUCAAAUGGGGCUGGAAAAUAGGCCUCCAAACGCAUGCCAAUUAAAUUUUGGGCAAUACGGUAAUCAGGCUCGCGGGCUUUGAAGUAUCGUUAUCCGGUUCUAGUCCACUGCCAUGCCCUUCGUAAACUUAAGUAUCGGUGUGUUCAGGAAAUCCGGGUUGCUUAUUGAGCUUACAAAACACGGAAUUGAGCACUGAAAUGUGGGGCGCCUGGGGCUGUGGAGGGUUCAGCAAAGAGUACCAUGGCUGGUCCUCCCUCAUUCGUAGAUAUAUUUGGUCCGGUUUCUUCGGGUGCCUCUGCCCUUUGUUCCUGCCUUGUCUAUGCGGCAUGGUGAGCGGGUGUUGAACACUUGCCGUGAGGCGGAACAUACUGUGAUUGUGAACGUAUUGUGAGCGGGUGUUGCGUGAGGUGCCAGCAGCUUGGAUGGCGGCUUGGAUUACGCCUCACCGCCCAAUCAAUUCAACUAACCUCCUCCGGCACUGAAGGGAAUGCUUGGCAGGUUUUGGGCUCCCUGUUUGGGGGUGGCAGGUGCACUGAAAGGAGGGGUUCCUUGUUUUGAAACUGUUUCCAGUUAGGGAGACCACGGUUCUCCAAUUUGGUAGCGUGCUGUACUCUUGUGCUGCUAGAGGCCUUCCUUCCGGAAAUUGUAGAUGUCGGUGAUGCGAAAAUUAUAGAUGCAUGGGGGUUGGGCUACACUUCACCGCCGUGCAGGCGGGCGAAGAGCUUUAAGGAGUUUAAAUGCUGUUGGGAUCCAGUUUCCUGAAAUUCCCGUUACGUUUUGCGCUCGUUUCCAGCGCUAUGGCUGUGGGACUUAUGACGUAUUGGGAAUCAUAGGUGUGCAGCAGUGUGUUUGGGUUGCUCUGGUCGUAGCCUCUUUGGAGGAGCAAGGAAGGAGCUCGAAAGCCUUUUGGAGGUAGGAGGAGCCUGCUAUGGGUGGUUUUUUCGGGCUUCUUACGUGCGCGAGUCUAUCUAGUGCUGAGGGGAUGGCGUCUGUGUCCACUGGUCAGGCUGUCCUUUUAUACGGUAGUUUGGUUAUGAUGCCAGCUUCACUGUUCUUGCUAGUUUAUGUGUUCCCUGUCAGGGGUUUGUUGUUUGUAUCCGAAUAUGCGAAUUAUUAAAUAGGAAACUGCUUUGUAUUGUUGUGCAAUCUUUUGGGCCUUUGGUUUCGCCCUUGAGAAAGUGUUCCUGAAGGUCAUGCGCGUGAUCAAGUUCUUAAUAAACCUUUGUUGGGCUCAUCACUAAGGUACCAAAGUAUUUGCCACGCUUUGCUAUCCAAGAGCUUGAUGUGAGUAUUCCAAACUACCGUACGGUUCAGAUUAUUGACAGACAGAGUUUUGCUUGCUGCUGGUGUUUAGUCACGUGAGCCGGGAUGUUUUAUUGUCUUAUGCCUCUGUCAACUGGUGCGAAACAUUCGCCGGCUAGGUGUCAACUGGGGGCACAGAUGCCGGGUUUAUUUGGGGUAUCGGCACAAAUGGGGGCACAAAUGGCAGGUUUCGGGCUCCCUGUCUGGGGGUGUCAGGUGCACUGCUGGAUGGAGUGAUUCCUUGUGUUGACAGUGUUUCCAUUUAGGGAGACCACGGCUCUGCAAUUGGAAAGCUAAUUUAGGAAUGCGUGCUGUACACUUGUGCUGCUAGAGGCCUUCAUUCCGGAAUUUUUAGGCGUCCUUAUUGAUGAAUUCCUGAACGGGAUUCGAACAACUUUGUGGCUACACUUCGUUCACCGCCGUACAGGGCUAGGCGGGAAAAGAGCUUUUAGGCGCAUGAAAUUGUCUGCAGUUUAACUGCUGAUGGGAUCCAAUUUCCUGAAAUUCCCGUUAUGUUUCGCGCUCGUUUCCAGCGCUAUGGCUAUGGAGUUUUUAGUUUUUAGUUCGUGUUAGGACUUUUAGGUGUGCAGCGUUGUGUUUCGGUUGCUUUUGUCUUAGACUCUUUGGAGGAGGGUUGGAGAUAUGGCCCGUUUCGAGGAGGAGAGGAGUCUGCUAUACAAUGAGGGUGGUCGGAGGGUUUUGCGGGCUUCUUACGUGCGUGGGUCUGGUGCUGAGGAGAUUCUUCUGGAUUCACUGAUCAGACUUCUGUCAUAAUUGCUGUGUUUUGGUUGUUCCCUGUUUGGAUGCCAGCCUUGCUGUUUUUGCUGGUGCCUUGGGUGUUCCCUGUCAGGGUGCUGCUGGGGCUGACCUGCACCCGAAUCUGUGUAUUUGAGAUAGGAGGCUGUUUACGUAUUAUUGCGCAUUCUUUGGGGGGCCCUUUUUAGUCUGUUCCUGAAGGCCCGCGAGUGAUGAAAGGAUACCGUCUUUGUGAUUGUGAAUAUGCUGGGCUUAGCACUUUAAUGGUUUGCCUGUCUUGGCAAGCUAAUAAUCCUACUCACAUGUAUUUGAAGUGUUCUCAGGGGGGUUAGGCACCAGGUAUCCAAGAGCUUGAGGUGACAAUUUUUGGGCGGAGCCCCCGCCGCGAAGCGGCUUCGGGAGGGCUUCGCCCCCCAGGAUUGCCCCUGUCCGUGUGUCGCCGGAGCAAUGUAGCGACGUCGGAGGCCGACGUCGUAGACGGAGUCCGGAGCUAGCGAAGCAGCGAAGGAAAGGCAUCAAUAGGGAGGGGGGGUUUCGUGUAACAUUUUUUUGGCAAGCGCCUUAACAGGGACGCGGCGUUUUGAGCGCUAAAAGUCGCGGUCCGGGUUCGAAUCCC